AUCCAUGAGACAUUCAUGAGACACUCCUGAGACCCUUCAGAGCAGUAAAUCGUCAGUCAGCGUCCAGUUCACUCGAAGUGAACAUCAGAUCUGUGGAGAUAAAUUCCUGCCUGGAAAUUACUGCGAGGCGGAAGGAAACUCCAUUAUGUGGAUAUGAAUUUGAAAACCCAAAGUCACUAUGUGCUUUCUCACAACUUUGACAUCAUGUGACACGUGCCCAAUGGAGACGACUACGAUACUCACCGCGACACACGGGAAAAGAAUUCUUCAGGAACACCCCGAACCCAACGUCACGAGUCUUUCGAAUGCGUCUGCUCCCUUCCACCAUCACAUGAACAAUGCGGUGCUGGGGAUUCUGCUCGGCACGCUCUCCCUCCUGACGGUCAUCAUGAACCUGCUGGUGCUUUUUGCCGUGAGAAAGGAACGGACUUUACACACGGUAGGGAACCUGUACAUCGUCAGCCUCUCCAUAGCGGACCUCAUUGUGGGGGCGACGGUCAUGCCCUUGAAUCUGGCCUACCUUCUUGAGGACGAGUGGAAACUGGGUCGCGUUAUUUGCCAGUUCUGGCUGGUCAUGGACUAUGUGGCGAGCACGGCCUCCAUUUUUAGCUUGUUUAUCCUUUGCUUGGACAGGUACCGCUCUGUACGCCACCCUUUACAGUACCUAAAGUAUCGGACACGAGGAAGAGCGACGCUGUUGAUUUGUAGCGCAUGGCUGCUCUCCAUGACCUGGAUCGUUCCCAUCUUGGGCUGGCGGAUGUUUGCUCGAGUCGACAGAAAGCCAGAGCUGGAGAACCAAUGCGACACGGACUUCCGCUUCGUCACCUGGUUCAAAGUCCUGACAGCCAUCCUCAACUUCUACAUUCCCUCCUUCCUCAUGCUUCUGUUCUACUCGCAGAUUUUCAUCGCAGUCCGCGAUCAUUACCGAGAGUGGGAGAACUUUGCUGGUCCGAUGGUGAAAACCGAAGCAGAUGAAGCGUUACAUAACGGGAUGCAGCUGCAGAUAACCAAAGCCUUGGAGCGAGAUAGUAUGGCUUCGCAGGCGUUCUCUCAAAACGAGGGCCUGCUGGAUCAGUACAGUUUGGAGCAGCCUUACAGCUUGAGGGACAAUAACGAGGACGCUACCUCCGAGACAAGGAGGAAGAGUUGUUACAAGGCGAAAUCAAUGUUCAGUCUUUCGAAGCGCAUGAGAAAGAGCGUGCAAGACUCCAACGAGGCUUCGUUUCAGAGCGACGACGGGGAAACCGUCGCAGAAGGCCCUCCGUUAUCCCUCGCCUUCCUGCAGUCCGAGAACAACUCUCAGCCCAAACCGUUCAUGAAUGCGAACGAUUCGAACGCACUCAACAUGUGUGAGAGCGCACCGACUGUGGAUAUUCACAAUUACGCCACGGUUCUCUGCAAUCACAGCGCUCCGCCGUCCCCGCCGUCGCCCUGGGCUGAGAACAGCCCUCCGAUGGACCCCACUAACACGCUCCCCGCCAAACAAACCUGGCAGAAGCUCUGCGAACAGUCCAAGCAGAGCAUCCACAGCAUGCGCAUCCGGAAGGAGCGGAAAGCCGCCAGGCAGCUUGGCUUCAUCAUUGGCGUCUUUAUGGUGUGCUGGAUCCCGUACUUCAUCACCUUCAUGGUCAUGGCCUUGUGUGAGACCUGUGUGCAUCAUGACCUUCAUAUGUUCACAAUUUGGCUCGGGUACAUCAACUCUACCCUGAAUCCCUUCAUAUACCCGCUGUGCAAUGAGAACUUCAAAAGAGUGUUCAAAAAGAUAUUUCAUAUCGAUAAAUAAAGUUUAGGAGAGGUGAAAAACUGUUAGCGCACCUGCUCCGUUGGUGUUUUCUGAAGCGUUUCUUGUGACACGUUUGUAGUUCUGUGCAUCUGCCAUGCUUGUGUUAUUUUUGGGCAUCUUGUAA